CGAGAUCGUGCGCGCAUCUGUUACAUCAUCGCGCCAAACGUCUCGAUCCGCGAUUCUAGCCUCCCGCGGGGAUGCGUUUUGUUUACCAACGGUGCGCGGCUUCACGCAACGUCGGGGCCGGGGGGUCGGGAGUGGCACGGGAGCGGCGCGGAGGUGGCGUGGCGCGACCGCGUGUGGUAGGAGGUUGCCGCGAUUCAAUUUCAGUCGAAGCGCGUCAAGCAGGCUGAACGAGCGGGCGGGUGGAUCAAACGAGCGCCAAGAUAACCAAGGAAGAUCGGUCUCUCGGCACCUCUCUGAUUUUUCAAUCUUCGGCAAAGAGACGGAAAGAGAAGAAAAGAGAGAGAGAGAGAGGGAGAAUACAGAUGCAAGUGCGCUCGGUCUGUGCCCGGUGCCCGCAGUAUGAACGUAGGUACAUGUGGUCCGCGUCAUUGGCUUCCUUCGCGCGCCCUCGUCCCCUCCCCGCCUAAACUGGCGCUGCGCGCGUAGUACACGUUCAACAACAUCCAGUCAGUUUUUUCCAUCGCGCGUGUCCAGUUCGUCGUGUGUUAACGUACGUCGUGAGACUUAUCCGAGAUUUAUCCGGCGAUUGUAUUAUUCGGAUUCGAUAAGAUUCCCGAUUCGCGGGGAGGGCGGAUUAUAUAUACGCCGCCGCGAAUAUCGUUCGAGCAGUGAUCUUUCCGCGAGUUCAAUCUGAAGCGAGUUCGCAUUUUCAAUCGACAUGGCGACGGUUGCAAAACUUUGGGAGCUUGGACAGUUCGUGCCGACAGAAAAUCAGUGACGAGUAUCUUGUAUAUUUGGCGUUAAACUUUCGAGCAUUCGAGAUGGUCCUUCGCAAGGACACGUUUGCUAUAAUCACGCGGUAACAACGACGAGCGGACACCGGCCUUUAUAUUUGUGUAUAUGGGUGUGUGUGCGUAUAUGUGCGUAUCGCCAUGAACGAGAGCCAUCGAUAGGAAGGAAAGGAUCGCUCCCGUCUGUGAUCGAGAAUGGAAUUCGGGAGCUACAAGGGCACCGGACCCCGCAUUAGGGUUCGCCGGCGCGCGGAAUUGGGCAGACGGCUCACCAGGAGGCUAUCCUUCGUCGCAAAAAUGCCGGCUGCAAUUCUCAGUAGGGCGAAUCAACCCGAACCGAGACCGGUCGAGAUUACGGCGAUUGCACCUGACAAGACGCAGCUCACGUUAUCAGCCUCGUCGCCCGGAGCUAUUUCUUCUGUGGUCGCUCCGGUACUUCUGAAAUAUCGAGUAUGCAGGCCUCGAUUGUUACUUGCAGGCUCGAGAGCCGAGGUCGAUCCCGCAGCCGAUGUAGCCCUUCUACAUGGCGAAGUUUUACUUAUCGAGGAUUUUGCUCGACAGUACGACGCGAUUGGAGAUACAGAUCGGAGGUACAGAGCCACGGAGAAGCUGUUACAUGCGGAAGAAGAAUAUCACGAAGCAUUAUGCAGUGCUAAAGAACUGUACGCACAUCCGUUGGCACGAAGUUACCCCGAAUUUCACGAUGUUAUCUUUCAACCUUUCACAGACCUAUCGCGGGUCAGCGCGGAGCACUGCCAAAGGAUCCGUGGCAUACUUGAGAAUUGGAAUGGCGAUGCCUUCAAGUCAAGUGACUUAUUUCCCGGUUCAUUUUGGAACUCUUACUGGGAAUACUUGGAAAGAUAUAGCGAGGCUAGAAGAACAUUGGACGAGCUGAGAGCGACCGAGGACCCUCUGUUGCACUUUCUCAGUCUUAGACAGGCGGCCGCGAGACAUUCGCCCUCGUCCUUACUUCUCUUACCGAGGCUCACCUCGCCGGUGACCUCGCCUACGAGUCCGCGACGGCGCUUCAAAUCGCCGUCGCGCUGGGAGGUGCAGAGCGACCCGGAGGACGAUCCGGCCGCGCCCGUGAGGAAGUCGAGGGCCAAGCAUCUUCUGGAUAAGCGCAAGAGCAAGAGCCGGGCGCGCGGGCUACAUUCCUCGCAGUCGGACCACUUGCAGAUGUGCAACGGCAGCGGUGGUUGGCACGACGUCGUCUUUCCGCCUCUGCGGGGCACCAAGAGCCUCGGCAGGCUCGACGGCAUGAAGGAGGUGCAGAGGCUUGCCGACUACGAGAGGUACUUGGGACAGGAAGCGAGGAAUUUGAUAGAUAGCGAAUGCAUUGAUAGCGGGACAGUUUUACACCGUGGUCAAUUAGAAGGUGACCUUCAUCGUAUCCAGGAACUGUUCCCCGGCGAUAACUUGCGAUUGCACGAGCGAGACGUCGUCACUAUGAAAAUGAAGAAUAUAUUACGUAAAAGAAACAGUGGUCCUCCAGCUAGACUAACGAGAGGACUCUCUCAGAAGGCUUUGGAUACUCCAGAUAGUUCCCCAUCUCCAAAAUCACCAACUAGAACUUUUCUCUUGGAAACACCAGUCCAAUUUACCACGGGCAUGCAAUCUCAGGAGAGGCAUCUCUUUCUCUUUACUGAUCUCCUGCUGAUCGCGAAAGCACGCAGCGGUGGGAAUUUCAAGUUGAAGCAGACCGUGAGGAUGAGCGAGCUCUGGCUCACGUCGGGUCACAUUGAGGACGUUGCGGAAACCAGCAAAUCCGCGGAAACUAGCUUCGUUCUCGGCUGGCCUACCACAAAUGUCGUGGCCACUUUCAUGACCGCUGCGGCGCGGGAUCUUUGGUGGGGACGUCUAAACGAUCUCGUACGGGAGGAGAGUAUGAAGGAGCCGCCGCAUACAAAUAUUCAAAUCGUAUAUCACGACAACGACACGAACAGCGACUACUGUAAGACGAUCAUGGUCGGUUCCGAGAUGACAGCGCAGUCCUGUGUGAACAUGGCGGUGCCGUUGUGGGACCUUCAAGGACCCUUCCAGUUGUGGGCCCGAACGUUCCCGGAUGAGACGCCAUAUCCGCUGAUAGGACACGAGCGACCAUUUGCCGUGAAAAUGUCGCGUCUACGACACAUGCUGUCGGCGGAUGAGGGUUUCGAUCUGGAACAUAUCAACAACAGUGGCGUCGAUCUGUGUCAUUUUAUCCUCAGACCCGUGAUGAAAACGCCCGCGAAAAAGAACAACAGAUCGAAAAUAACCGGUCUGUUACGGCGCUCGCUAUCGUUGAAUCCCAGUCUCUUUGGCGUGAAUUUGUCACGGCUGGAUGAAAAUGGCUUGCCUAAGCCCGUUCUGGUGAUGCUGCAACAGCUGUUCGCAAAGGGCCCGUUCACACAGGGAAUAUUCCGAAAGUCCGCGAACGUUCGAAUUGUUCGAGAGUUGCGAGAUCAAAUCGAAUCUACGGGAGAUUUCAACUGUCUAGAAGAUGCGCCGAUUAUAGCUGUGGCGGCUUUGCUAAAGGAAUUUUUAAGAUCUCUACCAGAUCCUCUCUUGACUUCUCAUCUGUUUCCUCUCUGGAUGGAUAGCUUGGAUACGCCGAAUCCCGUCCAAACUAUUAAAAGCAUUCUAGAUAGGCUUCCGAAGGCGAACUAUACGUUACUGUCGCAUUUAAUCUGCGUGCUACAUCAUGUAGCGAGACGAUCGAAACGUAAUCUCAUGUGUGCCAGUAAUCUUGGCGUCUGCUGUGGUCCAAGUUUACUUUGGUCAUCGAAUCCGUCAGUGAACCAGAGCAGAGCGAUUCCAACAAUCACCGAAAUGCUGAUCCGUCAUUGCGAGGAUUUUUUCGGUGCCGGCGUCACGCAACUCCUCGGAGAAGACACACGUAGCGAUAGCGGAGCCGAGGAAAGCACCGAUAGUCUUCACUCAGGUGGGAUAUCCUUGGAUAGUCUAGAUCUGACGGAGGCACCGCGGAGAGAUCCCAUGUCUCUGUCAAGAGACUCAGGCUUAACUUUGUCAGACUGCCAGUUAUUUAUUCCGGAAUCGCCUGUAGGCUCGGAAGACUCUGCCCCGAACGCUCCAUCGUCUAGUAAUUAUGAUAAGCCUCUCGCGAAGGAGGAAAAGUCCAACAAAUCCUACGUUCCGGUAUAUAGGUGCGGAUGGGAAGAGAGGCUCAAUGGUUACACGUCCGGUGGCCAUAAUCACGCGAAUAGCACGGAGCAUAACUUUCGAGAGGAAAAGGCUAACGCGUGUUACUCUAAUCCACCCCAAUCGUCCAAUUUUCAGCGGCAGGACUGGUUACGGGCACAGCUCAAGAGAACACCCAGAACGAACAAGCUGGAUGAGCAUGAGCAUCGAAAAGAAAGAUUCGGCGAUAAAGAUAUAUACGAUAGGGAGUAUCUCAGACAAGACGCGAUAAAGGAGAACGUGGAGAAUUGCAAGACUUAUCGGAGUAGGCAGUUGAACGUAACUUACGAUAUAUUACCGGAAAAUUACGAUAGUAAAAGCUCGCAGCAAGAUAUUCGAAGCGCUGAACGGGUAUCGAUUCACGAUUCGGAGCAGAGUCUGACAGGUGGCAGCGAUACGCUCCGAUCAGACAAUGAUCGCUACGAGUUUAAAAAGAAAGAGCGCUUCAGCGAGUUCAAAAAAGUCAAGCCCUCCGAAGUCCAGUAUGUAAGUCUGGAGUCACCGAUGGCAGAGAAAGAACGUCGUCGCCAAGCCCGUGAUUGCGAACUAUAUGAGGAUUACGUGAGAGUGAAAGCGAUAUAUAUGGAAGCGCUGAAAUACUGCAAAAGUAAAGAAGCGAAUGGUGAAUCGGAUGGUAAAAUUAAUUAUUGCGAGGACAGAAGUCGAUCGAGCGAAGUUUAUGUAACCGCGGAUGCGAAUGAUUCAUAUAAAAGCGUGAUGAUCGACAAUCUCAGUGAAGACGAGCAGGAGGAAAGGACGUCAUGGCCGGAUACACCGCCGCCCUUGCCGCCGAGACUCAGGCAUUUGCCGCCGGUACAUAUGAACCUCGAGGAUAGGCACAAAGCAGCCGGUAGGUCCAGGUCUCUGCCACCGCCACCUCCUUAUCGACCCCCGCCACAACCUCGCGCUCCCAUCACCACAAGGCAUUUGGGAUUUGGUAGAUCCGUCGUUGAUGAUGAAAGUUAUGUUUGAGUACAGAAAACGGCGAAUCUGUGCUACCUCGCAGGCCUAAUCGAAGAUCCCUGUCUAUUAUCAUUUAUCAUUCAACAUGUAUAAUGUCUAAGUCGUGGAUCCGCUUUACGACAACUGAACCUAGUCCAAACACAUACAUGCGUAAUACCGAGAACAAUGAAGAAGCCGUGGCAUUUGAAAGCGCAUCAUUGCAGUUUUUCUAUAAGAGCGACAGAUCGUCCUCUUUUGAUCAAACUUAGAGAUAACGAGAUGAAUGAAAUAAAAUUCUACAUGUGAGACAGUAAAAUGGAAUUUGCUAUCUAUUUAUGACCGGCAACAAUAAGUCUUGGCCCGUAUUCUCGUCGCACUUUUAACACUAAAUGUCUUUAUUCGAUUUUCAUCUUUGCUUUAAAACAUAAAUUUUUUUAAACAUAAAAAAAAGUUUCGGUUUAAAUGAUCGUAUUUAGGGCUAAAUCGAGGAUCCGGGCCUGUUAUUCAGUGAUUCAGGGUGCUUCCACGAGCGUUAGUUCAUACUAUAUUAAUAUUUGCGUAUUUAGGUAGCUAAUUAAGCGUAGAUUAAGUAACGGACAAUGUUAGCGCCAAGACGAUAAUAUGAGUAAUUCUUUCUCUUCUUACAUAAAUAAUCUUUGUAAAAAUAUCAGUAAAAAGAUUGUCUACAAAUGCGUCGAAGAAGUUUUGUGGAAACACAAUCUGAUGUUAUCUAUUAAUAAUACAUUAAUAGAUACAACAGUUCAUAAAUAUGUAACAUUUUCUGUAAUGUUUUAUAUUUAUAACAUCUUAACAAGCGGAGAAUCCUUUAUUCUUGUAAAUUGAUUUUAACAGAUGUAUUCUCUCUGAAUCGAAUGUACUUUCUUAUCGAUAUUAUCGAUAUGUGACAUGUUUAUAUAUUUUAAGUUUAUAAAAAGAUAGAGGACCAGUUGCGGGAACAAUUACAAUGAUAAAGAUCCAUAUGAGAAUUCGAUAAAAUAAAUUUAUAGAGAGAGAUUUGUCUAUAAUUUUACUCACGUAACUGGUAUCAAUUUGAAGCUGACUUUAAAUUUACGAGAGUCGUCUUUUUCGGCGAUCUAUCUUUCUCUUUUUUUUAAACCGGCUUGUAAGCAAUGUGUUCGUAGCUGUGUUUUAACAAAAUCUCAUUUUAAUGGAAUUAUUAUCUUUCAAGAUGUUCUUUUCCACAGAUGUGUUCACAAAAUCUGUUAUUGUGCUUACUUUGAGCAAAAACGACUUCUCCCUAUAAGCAAUAAUAAUAAUAAUAACAAUAUUUCGUUUCUGACAAUCGUAAUAUGAUUUGCAAAUAUAAGCCACUGUGCGUGUAUAGUGCGAUUAUGUUCUUAUUGUUAGCACAUAUAGGAUACAAGAAACAUUGGAGUGUUACUACAUGAUCAACCUUCUCGUUUUUUGUAUAUAUUAAAUUGUAAAAUUAUCUCUUUUAUAUCGUUAAACUUACGAUACAAUGUGUAACACCCAUGAGAUAUGUAUACUUAUCUAAAUUAUAUAUGUUAUGCUACAAAAACAAGCAAAUAUAUAUAUAUUUCGUAUUUUAUACA